AUGGUCGGCGUGCCUCGUAGCAGUGGCUGUCGCCUUUGUGUAAAGCGCCGGGUCAAAUGUGAUGAGCGGGUUCCAGGGUGUGCCAAGUGUGAGACAUAUGGGCAACCAUGUCCUGGGUAUGACAAGGGCUUCAAAUUUAUCGUUGGGAAGCCUUACCGAACUCGGCGGCGGCCCCCUGGCAUUGACGAUGCGAGACCCAAUGCGAGUCCAAGCUCAUCUAGCUCAAGCCCCACCAUGAGGGAGUCCAGACCAGACACCCAAUUGUUGGUCCAAAGAGAGAUCCCGCCUACUUUGGUCUCAGUUGAUGUGAAUGUCUUACAGAGCCUGGGAGCUCUUAUUGAGGAUUUCUCGUCACCCCGUGUUUUGAACGCUCCCAACUAUGUGAUGGCCGGCUGGUUUGAAUUCCUUCCGUCCAUUUAUGGCCAGAGCCGAGCUUUGGAUGCCACAAUCAAAUCGUUUGUAGCGCAUCAUUUUGGCCGGGGCUUUCAGAACCAGGAAAUGGUUAUUUAUGCUCGAUUCGCUUAUGGAGAAGCAUUGCAUUGGCUCCGCAAGGCUCUGAUGAACCCUUCAGAAUCCCUUUCUUCCAAUAUCUUCUGCGCCGUUGUGUUGCUGUGCAUGUAUGAGCUCUUUACGGAUACUGAAGAUCCGGAGUCUUGGAUGAAACACGCAAAGGGAUUGGGUCAACUAGUCAAGGCUCGAGGGCCGGAACGUUACUGCAACCAGCUUGAUAUCUCCUUGUUGAAGUCUGCACGUGGCCUGAUAGGCCGUAGCGCUGGUUACAUGAUUCAAUCGCGUGUCCUGACCACUGAACAGGUCAUGCACUCGAUGUUCGCCGGCGAAGAUUGCUUUUUGGCCUCUGAUGAAUGGCAUCGUAUGAUGAAGCAGCAACACCUGGCCACGUUGCCUUUAGAUUAUCACAACUGCAUCGAGGAAUUUUUUGCGCACUUCACUCAUUCUCCACGAAUUGUGCACAAUCUUUAUCGUCUGAGAGAAAUGGACUACACAGAUCCUGAGGUACUACAGAAUAUCUCUCAGGCUCUCAUCCAAGUACUGGACAUGCAAAGCAAGAUGGCUUCCUGGUACGAAGAGUGGACUCAAAUCUCUUCUCCUCCGGUUGAAUCUCCCUCUAUGACGGGCGACCAUUUCUUCCCCAUUAUAUUGACCUACGCGGAUUUGAUCGAUGCAUCAAUUUAUUGUGGCUACUAUGCCUACAUGGUCAUUAUUCACGAAGCCUUAAGGGCAUUUGAACACCCAGGUCCCCAAGCGACCAUGGUUUCUUACUUUCGCGACCAAAUAUGCAAGUCGAUUGAAUACACUGCCUUUGGUGUACUAGGCCCUUAUCGAAUUGGGUUUCCUAUGCGGGUUGCGAUUGAGACUGCAGACGAUUUGACAAGGUCGUGGCUUCUAAGUCGCCUUCAAGAGUUUUCAAAGAUAUACGCCGCAGCUAAACCAGAAAAUUACAAACCAAUUACAUGA